AUGGUAGUACAAAAGGCCUACAAGGAAACAAGAGGUCAGCCCCUCAAAGAGGUGAGGCACCAUUGCAGAUGGGAGUACCCUCCUCGAGGAGUGUUCAAAUUGAAUGUUGAUAGGGCUAUAUUUCAAAACCAACAUAAUGCUGGCAUUGGUGCUAUUUUGAGGGAUUGUAAAGGUGAAGUUCUAAUGGCAGUUAGUAAAAAGGAAAGAGAAGUGAGUGAUGCUACAGGAAUCAAGAUGCUUGCAAUCUUCAGAGGCUUGCAGUUAAGUGUCCAUCUAGGUAUUCAUCAUCUUGUAGUCGAGAGUGAUGCAUUAACCUUAGUUGAAGAACUGCAAAAAUCAGAACCAUCUAUGGCCUUUGUUGGAAAUGUCAUUAAGAAUACUAAGGAGCUUAUGCACUGUUUCCAAAGUUGUGAAGUGAGAUAUGUUGGAAGAAAUUGCAAUGAAGCUGCGCAUAAGCUUGCAAGGCAUGCUUGGAAUGUUAGUGAUAUUAGCUUCUGGUGGGGAUCUUUCCCUAAUGUAAUUGCUUCGGUCAUUUGGGUUGAGAGAUUAAUGUAA